AUGCAGGUUACCAAUACUAUUUUUGUUGGGCGACCAUCGAAGCAGAUACGUCGAGCACUUCCGGUAUACUUCGCCUGCAUUUUCAUUGCUUUAGUCUUUUUCAAUUCUUAUUCAGGGGACGCGUCCUCUCUGAAACCAUCCAGCAUCUGGAAGCGCGUGUGGCCUCAAUCACCAUUAUACCCGAAAACCAAUUCGAAGUUCCCCAAGAAAAUAUGGCAGACGUGGAAAGUCGAUCCGCUCGAGUUCGACGAGAGAGACUCAGGUCGAGCCCGAACUUGGCCACAAAAAAAUCCGGGUCAUCGAUACGAAGUUUUGACGGAUGGCAACGAUAUGGAUUAUGUGGAAAGAAAUUUCGGACCUGACGGCCUCAAUCGCCUUGAUGUGGUGUACAUGUACCGCACACUAACCGCGAGAAUCAUCAAAGCCGAUCUUCUGCGGUACCUGAUCAUGUAUGUGGAGGGCGGAGUUUAUGCGGAUAUCGACGUGGAGGCAGUCCAACCAGUCGAUACUUGGAUUCAAGCCCCUCACGACGAGGGACAGGUGGGGUUGGUAAUCAGUGUUGAGAUUGAUGAGCCAGACUGGAACAAGCAUAAAAUCCUCGGUCCAAAAUCGCAAUCGUUCUGCCAAUGGACAAUCAUGGCGAAGCCGAAACACCCAGUAAUGUUACGACUGAUUGACAAUGUGGUGGCAUGGAUUGAGACAAUGGCAAACAAGCAAUCGAAGGGUGUGGCCGAAAUCGAGCUGAAUUUUGAUGAGGUCUUAAGUGGUACAGGACCUUCGGCUUUCACCACUGCUGUUCUGGCAGAGAUGGCCAUCCAGGUCGGUAAAGAACCACCUUGGGAGAAAUUUCACCGCUUGAAUGAAUCGACACUCAUAGGAGACAUUCUGGUUCUUCCCGUUCAAAGCUUUGCUUCUAACCAAGGCCAUUCCCAUUCCGAAGAUCCAGAGCCCACGAAAGCUCUUGUCAGACAUCACUACCAUGCUUCGUUAUGGCCUUCCCGUCAUCCAAGAUACAGCCAUCCCGGUUACGGCAUGGUCGAAGAGUGCAAUUGGACGCCGGACUGUGUUCACGAAUGGGACAAGAAUGUGGCUAACUGGGAUGCGCUUCCCCAAGAUGCAAAGGACAAGCAAAUCGCGGAGCACAAUAAAAUGCUUGAGGAAAAAUCCGCCCAGGAAGAGAAGGAAAGGUUAGACCGCGAGAAGGAAGAUCGGGAAAAUCGUGAAAAAGAGCAGCUGGAAACUUGUGCGAAGCUGCAGAUCGAAAAGCUAAAGGAGCACCCACUACCUGUAGACAAUCAAACUGAGAUUCAAAAGGACGAGAAAAAGGAGGGCGAUGCGAAGCCGGCAGAAACACCAACUCCUCCAUUGGUCCUCGCAGCGCCACCAGCGCCCGAAGCGAACCCAGCAGAACCAAGAAAACCAGUGACAGACAACCCAAGACAUACAGAUGCAAUAAAAAUAUGA